UUCGUUGAACGCAGCCAAGGAUAUUUAAAUUAUUAUAAAAUAAAUUUCCUUGGAACGCAGCUUUUAUUUCGCCAUAACCUAUUAAAAUUUAAUUUCAAAAAAGGAUACGUUUCCAAUAAAUUAAAAUAUGAAUUGUUGAAGGUUGAAGUGAAAUAGGGAACACUUAAAAAAAUAAGCAAAUAAAAAGCUCAUUUAAUAUGUAAUUUUAAAAAUGUACUAAGUUGUGCAUAUCUCUAGUUAUAUUCCUAUUAUAUAAAAAUGAACAAGAUUAGGUAACAUUGGAAAAUAUAGUUUUAUACAAACAUGUAUGAUGAAACAGAGGUUUUAGCUGACUUAGCUGGAAUACCAGCCGAUCCUCCACUUAUGCGUGAUGUCUGCCCCCAGUGCUAUCGCCCCACUACUGUUUGCUACUGUAGUUCGAUUCCUAACCCACCACUGUGCCCCAAAAGUAGGGUCAUCAUCCUGCAACACCCUGCUGAAGAAAAAAGGUGCCUUAGAACUGCCACCAUGUUGCAAUUAGGCCUACAGGCCGACAGAUGCUUAGUUUUUAAGGGCAAGCGUUUUCCAGGUCGUUGGCCCGAACUAAACGUCAUUCUGAGUGCCCCAAAUACAUUAUUACUAUAUCCCAGCCCUGCCGCUGUUGACAUUAGAGAAAUAUCUAGGCGGAGCGACAGUAUCUCUUACAACAUUGUCAUAAUCGAUGGUACUUGGCCGCAAGCUAAAGCUAUAUACACUGGAAGCCCCAUUUUACACGAUAUCAAACAGGUCAAAUUACUCAUAAGUGAUACUAGUAAUUACAUUAUAAGAACGCAACCUGCCGAUGGAUGCCUAAGCACUUUGGAAACUGCAGCUCAAACACUGUCGAUUUUAGAGAAGGAUGAAAUGUACAAAGAGAAACUGUUACAACCCCUGAAGAUGAUGUGCGACUUUCAGUUACAGAAUGGUGCGGUGUCCCAUCAGAGUAAAGAGUUUCGAAUAAAGAACAAUUCAUAUCCCAAGCUCAUAGGCAAACGAUUAAAUAGGGUGUUAAAAGAUGCCGAGCAUAUGAGAAAUUCGUAACAUUUGUAUUUUUAUUACAACGUAUCUUUUGUACAGUACACAGGUUAGUUUUUUUUAUCAGUAAGUUUACUUAACACUAAUUGGUAAUAGGAAACAAUAACUGCACUAUGAAUGUAGUUUAAUCAAAUAAGUAAUUAUUAAUUUUUGCCAUAAAUAAAUUAUUUCAUAAGUUGAAUGCAAAA